GGGGCGUCGGGCGGCUAUGGCGACGGGCGGCGGCGAUCCGGCUGCGAGCAGAACCGGCGGGCGGCGGGGGCCGGGGCUGAUUUGGGCUGCAAGCAAGAGGCUGAACAAGGCGAUGGAUGCGGUGGAGAAAAGGGGACCGUACAUCAUGAGCAAGCCUUCCUCCGUUCACGCCAAGCUCCAGAGGCAGCGCGAGCUGGCGAAGGCAGCGCUGCGAAGGCAGGGGCUGCUGGGGGGACCCGCGUCGCACCAGCCGAAGCCGGCGGCUAAAAGGUCGGUGAAGUUUAACAAGGGCUACACGGCGCUCAGCCAGACGGCGGAUGAGAACUUGGUCUCCCUCGAUUCGGACAGCGACGGGGAGCCGGGAUCCAGAUGUUCCUCGGGCUACUCCUCCGCCGAGCAGGUGAACCAGGACCUGAGCCGGCAGCUGCUGCAGGAUGGGUACCACCUCGACGAGGUCCCCGAUGACGAAGAUCUGGAUCUCAUCCCCCCGAAACCCGUCGCCUCUUCUUCUUGCCCCUGUUGUUUUGGAGAUUCUCUCUCCUGCGUGAUCCAGUAGACGCCGCUCGGCUGGGAUCGUGCAAGAAAAGGUCAAAAUCCAGCACUUUCUUUGUCCCGUGGGAUGGCUGUCGGUGUCCGUGUCCCGCGCCGGGAUGGUGACGCAGGGACCGAACGAUGCUGCGAUGCCACUCGUGGUGAGCGGCGGCAAUCAACCAACCCCAGAGGACUUUUCCUUUCACUUAGCAAUAUCAGGGAGAGGUGGCAGGGUGGCGUUUAGGUGGCCUGGACGGGACCCGUCACCUGGUGGGGCAGGGAGGGAGGAAGGAGCGGCAGAGCCUGGCCACCUCCAUGGAGGUACGAAGGGAAAGAAGGAGUUGGGAGACCCAGCAGCAAAUGCUCUUCAGUUUGCCCGACCUCAUCUUUUCCUCCUUUAAUCGGCCGCGUCGAGGAUUAGGACCCGGCCUCGGACACGGGCUGCCCUCCCUCGCUAAGAGGUGGUUGAUGGUGGGGUCGAACUCCUCAGAGACCCCGUUUCUAUUUAUUUUAGCUUUAGUCACCCCUUCUCCCUGGCAGGCUGAGGCCAAGCCAGCAAGGUCGGGGUCAGCGCUGGCCGGCGGAGAGCUGCUUCAUUUAAUUGCAAUUAAUUACUGCCAGGUUUCCUCCUCCCAAAACCUGGGCUGACCUGAACCAAAGAUGGAUAAGAUGGGGGGGUGGUGGUGGGGGGAACCCAACGGAGCACAUUGGGGCAGGCUGCUGACCUCCCAGCCUCCCCGGGGACCCCUGAAGUCCAUCAGUUCCGGGUUUGGAGCUAAUGGCUCGUUCCGGGUUCUCCCCAAAGCUGCUUUGAUGCAGGCGAGGGGCAGCACGCCCCCCCCCCCCCGCCCGCCCUCAUGCCAGCUCUGCGGAUUUGGGAUGACCGGAGAGUCUACCUGCUGUGAACCUUAAAAGCUGCCUUAACUCACGGUCCUGCUCUACUAGAGGACAAUCAGGUUCUUAUAAAGAAACCUUAUUUACAUAUCUGAUGUCUAGAGAGCUGAACUGGUUUGUUUUGGGGUUUGGGGGUGUUUUUUUUGUAUUUUCCUUGUUGAAGGAAGCACUCAAUAAACUGGAUCUCAUUA